UCUCUCAGUGCAAUUUGUACCUUCAAACCGGGCGGAAUUAGGAAUUCGUCGUUACCAAAUGGUAGUAUGAAAACCGAAUGGUAGUACAUAAAGAAAAAUAAUUUUUUGUUUUCCUAAAAAAAAAACAACAACUCCGAAUACACAUUUAACGUUCUUGCCUAAAUAAAAGAAUAUUAAAAUACACAGUCGAAUAAAGAGUGUACAUCUUGGAGCCUCUACGUGCUAUACAUUUCGAAAGCGAAUGAAAUAAAAAAGAAAACAGUGCCGUGAUCUAAUUAUAGAUUAUUUUAGCAUUGUUUUUUGUGAUAAUUAUUUUCCAAUAAAUCCCAGUGUUACUUUGUGGUGUACUUUUCUUUCAAUUCAAAAAAAAAGUUCGUUGGGUAAAAUUCAUUCAAAACGGUGUGCACUUUGUGUGUAGUGUUUGUUAUCUCUUGUGCGUCUUCAAAAAGUAAUGGCGUUUAAUGGCAGUGGUCUCGUUGGCGACGGUCCCCAAAGUAAACGUCUCUGCACCGGAAAACCGGGAGAAAAUAACGAUAGUGGCAACAACAAUAACAAUAAAUUGCUUCCAAUGCAAAACAAUAACGACGAGCUGCGGCGUAAACGGCACGAAGGAAAUCGGCCAAAUCACAUUUUACUGUUCACAAUCAUAAAUCCAGUUUAUCCUAUAAAUGUGGAAGUACUUCACACUAUAAGCAGUCCACAUGGUCAAGUUCAAAGAAUCGUAAUAUUUAAGAAAAAUGGCGUACAGGCGAUGGUUGAAUUUGACUCAUUGGAAGCGGCCACACGAGCACGAGAAAAUCUCAACGGAGCUGACAUAUAUUCGGGAUGCUGUACACUAAAAAUUGACUAUGCAAAGCCAGAGAAAUUAAAUGUCUAUAAAAAUGACAGUGACAACAGCUGGGACUAUACACUAAUUGUGAAAGAAAUCGGGAACGGACGAUCACCACUACUGCAAGACCCUUUAUAUGGCAGUCGACCACAACCAUACAAUUUCUCUAAAAAUGAGUAUCCAUUUAAACAAAUCCAUUUUCAAGAACCAGCAUUGCUAGGACCAGGAACUAAUUUCCCGCCAUACGGUCCGCCCGAAUACCAUCAACCGGCUGACGGAUGGAAAACGACGCCCGGGCCCGGCUUAAUGAAAGAUCCGCCGAUAACGCCCGGCCGAAAUGGUCCGACAAACUUUGUGCCACAAACGCAGCAACAGGGUGGUGUGAUGAUGGUUUAUGGAUUAGAUAACGAUACAUCGAACACAGACAAAUUGUUUAAUUUGGUUUGUCUAUAUGGAAAUGUAGCGAGGAUAAAGUUCCUUAAAACCAAAGAAGGAACAGCAAUGGUGCAAAUGGGUGAUUCUGUAGCUGUGGAACGAUGUGUCCAACAUUUAAAUAACAUUCCCGUUGGUAGCAAUGGAAAAAUACAAAUUGCGUUCUCUAAACAGAAUUUCCUAUCAGAAGUGACGAAUCCAUUUACGCUUCCCGAUCACACGCCGAGCUUCAAAGAGUAUACUGGUUCCAAAAACAAUCGAUUCCUAUCACCAGCGCAGGCCAGCAAAAAUCGUAUCCAACCACCGAGCAAGAUUUUACAUUUCUUUAAUACUCCACCCGGACUUGAAGAAACCCAUCUACUGGAUGUGUUCAAUUCGAAAGAGGUUCCUCCAACAGCCGUUCGAAUGUUUCCGCUAAAAACGGAACGAUCGUCGUCCGGAUUGAUUGAAUUCCCGAAUGUAGCCGACGCUGUGUUGGCUAUAAUGAAAUGCAACCAUAUACCAAUAGAAAGCAAAGGUACCAAAUUUCCAUUCAUUAUGAAAUUGUGCUUUUCAUCGACAAAAAACAUGAACAGUGCAUGGAAUUCACACGAAAAUAAUGAAAAUAUGAAUGAAGGGGAAGAACACUAAAACAAAGAAGGAGAAGAAGAAUAAAACAAAAAUCAUCGCACACAAGCAACCAAUUUUUUUUGCAACAAAAGAAGAAAAUAAUUUUAGUUUAUUGAUUUGAUUUAAUCAAUUAGAUUUUAGAGAAAUUAUAU